UGAGACGGUUUGGCGGUUGUUUUAUUUUGUUCAGUAGUACGCCUUGUUGACGGUAACGCAGGCGAGUAACUUUAAACUGACAGUUUAGUUGUCGGUUUUUAAAUCCUGCUGUUCUUUAAACCGAUAUUGGGCAUUAGUUACUCCUUUUGGCGUUUUUGUAACGUACAUUGAUCAUUUAAAAACAAGCGCCGAAGCUAGCUAUAAACGGAAUUGUUAGUGUUAGCAAGAAGAAUUAGCUAGCUGGCGUGGAUACAAAACUUGUGCUUAUUCUGGAGAUGGCGAGCCAAACAUUUUUACAAAAACAGAACGGUAAAUAUUUGUGGUUUUCUCUCCUCUCAUUGGGCUUUCAGCGUGAUAAUUACCUCUUGUCAAAUGUAAGCAAGACCAGCGCAAAACACGUCAACCUGGGACCGACUAUGUUUGACAAGCCCAACAAAGAUGCUUUCUUCAUUGUGAUUAAUUUCCUGUUGGAAAAACUCAAUCCAACAAGGUUUCAACAGACAUACAGAUUUUGCUGGCCCGUGGUUGGGAGUAAACAAGAUGCUGAGUUCCGGAAAGUGACCUGCGCUUGGCUGCGAGAACUGAUGGAUCAAACUGGAUACACAGGCUCCAAAAUGGUUGCAUCAUUGCUACUCUCACCUGGCGGGCCUAAGUUCACCAGUUUGAUGCUCCAUUUAGCCAAACAGGUGAUGCUGCAGGAAAUGAAAACUUUGACCACAGGUGACGGCUUUGUGCAUGAGGCUGCAGCAAUGCCCGCAUCUUCACUCGACAUGGCGAGCAAGAGACUCCACUUGGCUAAAACCAGGUUUUUGAAAGAAGCUGUACACCAGGAUCGCUUACUGCGGGAGUACCACGAUCGAGCCAAGAGCAUUGAGGAUUCCCUGCAACACCUCAGAGCUGAGAGUAAGAAGUAUGAUGUUCUCAAACAUCGUGUUGGUGAUUCCCUCCAACCGGAAGUGUCAUUCACAAAGAAAACUGAAAUGGUUCGAUCCCUGUGGACGGCCAUCGAUGAAAUGCGGUUGACUACUGAAGAGAGCCAAAACGUGUUGGAAAGUGUCGUAAAAGGAGCGGUGGACCAGUACAUUCUAGAUGGCACGGACUGCCGCCUCCAAAUUUCUCACAGCCUGCUUGAGAGGAUUGAACAACUCCCCCAACAGUUGAGCUCUGGGAAUGUGUAUGAGGCUCAGCAACUGAACCUGCUUUGCGUGUUUGAGUUGGCAAACCAUGCUCUGCGCCUCCUGAAGGAGGAGCGGUGCAGUGUCCAGAAGGCCCCCAAACCACAGCUCAACCUGAUACAUUUGGAGCAGAAAUGUCAACAGAUGGAUCGUGGGCUGCAGGACCUUCAGCUGCUCAGAUUGAAGAAUUCCAAGGAGGAAAUCCCUGAGGUGAGGAGCCAUAUUAGAGACUUGGAGGCCGAGUGGGACAGGAAGUGGAUGGAGACACUGAAAGACACGCCCUUGGUCUCGUUUCUCAGUGACGAUCCAACCCCUGGCUUUCUUUCACCAAUGGCACGCCUGUCAUUUGAGCCAUCAGCUGACAGUAGCUAUGGAUGUAGCAUCUUCUCCCAGUUUCCUGCCAAGCUUCCUGAUAAGUCUGCAGAGUGUAAGGUUCCAGAGGGUGACGGCAAUACUUGCUCAUUCCUCAAAAGCUCCUUCUCCACAUCUGAAAAUAAUCUAGGAGGGGAUAUUGCAGCCUCUGCAUCGCCCCAAGUCAACUCCUCUCUGGACUGGCUUUUUGAUACGCCUCCAUCACCUUCCCCGAAGACGCCGUCUGUACCACAACAGGCCACUGUGAGCAUGAUUGGUCAUCUUCUUGCAAAGGUGACGCCCACCAGGGCCAAGACUCCAGUAUUAGACAUGGAAUGUGAUAACCUUGCUGAUCAGUUUGCAGUUGCUGUAGCUUCAACCAGUUCAACAGCAGACCAACUUGCAGAUUUGGAUCUGGAGUGGAUUCUCGGCACCCUUCAUGGAGAUCCCUUCUCCACUAGGAAGCAGCUGCCUCGCACGCCUGAGAGUUUGAUUUUGGAUAUAAAGACCUCCUGGCGUAAGGCAGUAGAGGAAGACGGCACAGAGAGAGCGCAGCAGGCACUUAAGUGUAACAACAGCAUCACUGGGCACCUCACUCCCCUCGGUGAAGCUGGCAGCACUCUUCUGAGCUUGCCUGGCUGCUCAAACAGUGUGUGCUCCCCGAGCAACCAACAGGGAGCGGUGAUCAAGUCGUCUCUGCUCUGGAGCACAUUGAGCACUGCAGACAGCUUGAGUGGCACCACCACCGGCAGCAGCGUGCCACAGUUUAGCCUCGAUCAAGAAACUCUACCUGAACUGCCCAGCUGUGACAGUUUCCUCAGCCUUGAUGAAGAGGAAGAUGAACCUCUCAUCCACUCUCUGAAAAAAGACUGCACACUGUCUCCAUUGAACUCAGGUCAUUGCCAGAUCCAGCAGCUGUGUGGUGGCUCCUUUGUGGGGAACAUAAGAUCACCUGAGUGCAUUCUACUGGGUGAUACUCCAGCAGAAGCCAAUAAGGAGGUCUUUUCACUGGAUCUAGAUGCACUGGACGCACAGUCCCCCACAAAGCAAGAAUACUGCCUCCCCACACUCAUUACAUUCUCCCCGAUAGAGGACAUGAAGUGUUAGCUACGUUGUCUUUGUGUAUGGUGUAUUUUUAACCUUAUUUGUACAUUUCUGUUUUGCACUAACCGGAAAAAGUCUUAUCUGUAGUAAUACACACGUGCAGUCCAGUUGUUUUUUUUUUUUUUUUUUUCCAGCCUCAUUGCUUCUAAAAAUCCUAUUAA